CCUCACGCAGUCAGUCAGUGCCUUCAGUCAGCGCUGCACAUCAGUGUCACCCAUCAGUGCCCAUCAGUACCUCCUAUCAGUGCCCAUCAGUGUCGUUUAUCAGUGACCAUCAUUUCUGCAUAUCAGUGCAGCAUCAUUAUGCCCCUUCAUCAGUGCAACCUCAUUAGUGCCCAACAGUGCUGCCUAUCCAUGCCACCUCAUCAGUGCCCAUCAGUGCUGCCUAUCAGUGCAGCCUCAUCAAAGCACAUCAGU